GGGCACAAAGUGGGGAGAAAUGCAAUGGUGGACAAUGAAUAUUUUCGAGUAAAGUGCGGUAAAGCACUUUUAUUAAAAUUAUUUUAGGAUUCCAAGUGUUUCUGUCACUAAGAAAAAUUUCAAAUCGACAAAAUGCCACCGAAGAAGGCGCCGGCGCCGAGCAAAAAAACAGAACAAAAGAAAAAAGAGAAAGUUAUUGAGGACAAAACAUUUGGUAUAAAAAAUAAAAAGGGUGCCAAGCAGCAGAAAUUUAUUCAACAGGUUGAAAAACAAGUGAAAUCCGGUGGUGUUAAUCCCCGCAAACUUGAAGAUCCCAAUGCAAAAAAACUGGAAAAAGAAAAGAAGCUCAAAGAACAGAAGGAAUUAGCACUUAUUUUUAAACCUGUCCAGAUGCAAAAGAUAGAUAAAGGUACAGAUCCUAAGUCUGUUGUAUGCGCAUUCUUUAAACAAGGACAAUGCACAAAAGGGGAUAAAUGUAAGUUCUCCCAUGACUUAAGUGUUGAACGUAAAGCUGAGAAACGUUCCUUAUAUUGUGAUAUGAGAGAUGAUGAUAAGGAGGCAGAUACAAUGGAUAAAUGGGAUGAAGACAAGCUGAAAGAAGUUGUGGAAAAAAAACAUGGUGGUGGUGGCAAUCGUCCAACAACUGACAUUAUCUGCAAACACUUCCUAGAAGCAGUAGAAAAAGCAAAAUACGGUUGGUUUUGGGAAUGUCCGUCUGGUCAAAAGUGCAUAUACAGGCAUGCCUUACCUCCUGGAUUUGUCCUAAAGAAGGAUAGAAAGAAGGAAGAGAAAAAAGAUGAGAUAUCCUUGGAAGAUUUAAUAGAAAAAGAAAGGGCUAAUUUAGGACUGAAUCAAACAAAAAUAACAUUGGAGACAUUCUUAGCUUGGAAGAAAAGAAAAUUGAAAGAGAAGGAAGAACAAGCAAUUAAAGAUGAGGAGAAGAAGAGAAAUGAUUACAAAGCUGGCCGGCAAGUCGGCAUAUCGGGCAGAGAGAUGUUUUACUUCAAUCCAGAGCUCGCAGCCGGAGAUGGUAUCGACGACGGAGACGAAGCAAUAUCUAGUUAUGUUCGUGAAGAGGACGAUUAUGAGGAUAUACAAUAUAGAGAACUUGAUACGGAACGUUUAGCUUUUGAAGCUAGCGAGACCGACACUACGGGUAUUACUGUAGCUGCUGCAGAUCGGUUAAAGAUCAAUAAUGUCGCCGAUAAUGACAAAAAUGUUACAGUAACUGUGGAAGAAGGUGCUGCAGCGUUAGCUAUCAAUGAAAACCUCUUCAUGGAAGAAGAUUUAGAGGGUUUGGAAGAAGAAUUGGGGGACCUGGACUUAGAGGAGUAAUCCAGAUGUCCCGAUCGUGUCUCUCCUCACGUCAUGUUGGCUUCGCUUCUCCCAUCCGUGUUUUAUCAACUUCGUUCAAUACGUAUCGCUCGGAUUAAUCUCAAAUAUAUUGUAUACAUAUAAUUUUCAACAUAUUCAUACAUAAAUGUUACGUUUGUAUAUUGGAACAUGUGUACAAAGAGCAGGGUACCUAUUAUGGAACUCGUCGGAAUCGAUUCCGAUCGAAUUUAUUCCAUUAUUUCCGAGAUUUCUAUUGUCUUUUCUAGGGGAAACGGAAUUAUUCCGAUCGAAAUCGAUUCCGACGAGUUCCAUGAUAGGUACCCCGGUGUCGCGUAAGCCAACCGGUCUAUUGUAAAUCUAAUAAAAUAAGUAAAUUAAAAAUAAAAUUACCAGCAUUCAUCUAU